UGCGCCUGCGCGGCGACAGGUCCGGCGGACAGUUUGAAUUUUGGCUCUGGAAGCUGGUUUCACGAUUUGGCGUUUCUCGUCGUUGUCUGGUGCACUCGGUCCCCAGCCACAGUGCAGGCUCUUCGCUCCAGACUCCGCGAGGCCUCUGGCUCGGAAGCCGCCCGAGGAGACAUCGCUUAGCAGACUCUUAAAGGAUGGCCUCAGAUCUAGAACAGUUAUGCUCUUAUGUUAAUGAGAAGAUUGAGAAUAUUAAGAAAACUCUGUCGAUAAGAAAUCUUGGCCAAGACCCUGCCUUGAAGACCACCUUAAGUAAAAUAGGGGAUGAGAUCAUUACAGUAAAUGAGCUUCUAAAUAAGUUUGAAUUGGAAAUUCAGUAUCAAGAACAAACGAACAGUUCACUCAAGGAACUCUGUGCAUCUCUUGAAGAAGAAUUUAAAGAUGUGGACCAUCUCAACGAACACAUUCCUUCCUAUUUGCCUCAAGUGACAGUGACUCAGAGCUCGGUUCCCAAGCCAGAUCUGGAUCCUAAAGAGUCAGUUAAAGUUGAGGAGCCUGCACUGCCAAAGAAGCCUCCCAAAGAGCAGAGAGUUAUUAAGGAAAUGCACUUUAUAACUACGGACGAGUUCAGUGGUGUUCCUGCGUACAUGAAAUCCCGCUUAACUUAUUGUCAAAUUAAUGAUGUUAUUAAGGAAAUUAAUAAAGCAGUAGUGAGUAAAUAUAAGAUUAUACAUCAACCAAAAGCAUCUAUGAGCUCUGUGAAGAGAAAUCUCUACCAAAGGUUUAUUAAUGAAGAAACGAAGGACACGAAAGGUCGUCACUUCAUCGUGGAAGCUGAUAUAAAAGAAUUCACAGCUUUGAAAGUUGACAAGAAGUUCCAUGUGAUCAUGAACAUUCUGCGGCAUUGCCAGAGACUGUCAGAGGUCCGCGGGGGAGGACUUACCCGAUAUGUCAUAACCUGAGGGUUUGAAGACUUGGAACUGGUGGGCAGUAGUGUAUAGACAGUAGUCACGACAUUUCAUGUAUGUUUCUGUCUUCUUCAUUUCCUGGCCUUGUUUGUUCCGGAAGUAAAACUUUGGACAAAGCAUAUAUAUUUUCAAAAUGUAUCGCCUUUAGGAACGUG